AUGGAGGAAGCAUCAACAUCGACAUCAGCGCCAAUGGCUGCAAAACCAAACCUUGUUAGAAAGACAAUGGCCAAACAGCUGACCGGAAAACGUGAAGAUUCGCCGCUUCAUUCGGCUAUCAGACGCGGAGAUUUCUCAGCGGUGAAUGAGAUUUUGAGUGAUCAUAUGGAAUCAGAAGAGGAACUAAGUGAGUUGUUGCGGAAACAGAACCAAUGUGGUGAGACUUCUCUUUAUGUGGCGGCAGAAUAUGGUGAUGCGGAGGUGGUUGCAGAGCUCAUCAAGUACUAUGAUCUUGAAGACGCCGAGACCAAAGCUAGAAAUGGGUUUGAUCCUUUCCACAUUGCUGCUAAACAAGGCGAAUUGGACGUUUUGAGAAUACUAAUGGAGGAACAUCCGGAGCUAGCAAUGACGGUGGACUUAUCAAACACGACGGCUCUACAUACUGCGGCGGCUCAGGGACACGUGGAAGUUGUAGAGUAUCUACUAGAAGCCGCAGGUAGUAGCCUAGCCGCGAUCGCAAAGAGCAACGGGAAAACAGCAUUGCACUCGGCGGCUAGGAAUGGUCACGCGGAAGUAGUAAAGGCGAUUGUAGCGGUUGAGCCGGACACGGCAACGAGAACCGAUAAAAAAGGUCAGACGCCACUUCACAUGGCGGUGAAAGGACAAAGCAUCGAUGUGGUGGUUGAGCUGAUGAAGGGACAUCGGUCGUCGUUGAAUAUGGUUGAUUCGAAAGGGAACACUGCGUUACAUGUUGCUACUAGGAAAGGUCGUAUUAAGAUAGUGGAAUUGCUUCUAGAUAACAACGAGACAAGCACAAGCACAAGAGCCAUAAACAGAGCCGGAGAAACGCCGCUCGACACGGCUGAGAAAACCGGCCAUCCAGAGAUUGCCGCGAUUCUCAAAACCCGCGGCGUCCCCUCCGCUAAAGCCAUCAACAACCCUACUCGGCCAAACGUGGCGCGUGAGCUCAAACAAACGGUAAGUGACAUCAAACAUGAAGUUCAUCACCAGUUAGAACACGCUCGAGAGACGAGGAAACGCGUUCAAGGAAUAGCUAAACGCAUUAACAAAAUGCACAUAGAAGGUCUUGACAAUGCGAUUAACUCAACCACAGUCGUUGCUGUUUUAAUCGCCACCGUUGCUUUUGCGGCCAUUUUCACCGUACCGGGACAAUACGCCGAUGAAUUGAGUUCGCUCUCUCCUGGACAAUCCCUAGGAGAAGCGAAUAUAGCGGAUAGACCAGCGUUUGCGAUUUUCUUUAUAUUCGAUUCAAUCGCUCUUUUUAUAUCUUUAGCGGUUGUGGUGGUUCAGACUUCAGUGGUUGCGAUCGAGCACAAGGCUAAGAAGAAUAUGAUGGCUGUGAUAAACAAGCUGAUGUGGGUAGCUUGCGUUUUGAUAUCGGUAGCGUUUUUGGCGUUAGCGUUCGUGGUGGUUGGUGAGGAUGAGAGGUGGCUAGCGGUUGGAGUGACGGUGUUCGGUGCAACGAUAAUGCUCACGACGCUUGGGACAAUGUGUUAUUGGGUCAUUAUGCAUCGGAUCGAGGCUUCUAAUGUGAGAAAGUCGAGGAAAGAGUCUAUGGCAAGAUCGAGACAAUCAGGAUUGUUGGAAUUUUCUGGGAUGUUAACCAAGAGAAUGUAUGCUAUUUAGUGAUUUAGAUACAAAUUAAAAGUGUAUGUGUUGAGUUUUGUUCUUCAAAGAUCUUUUAAAAGAUGUAGAAAACAGAGACUGA